CUUGGUGGCCCGUAGGGCGGAUACGGUGCCCGUCACUUGCCUCCCAGCCAGCCCGAACCGGGGGCCAUGGCCUGCACUUUGCUGGAGUUCUGCCGAUUCCAGGACAUCAAGGUUGUGCGGGAUUUUCUAUUCCCGUCACUUCGUGAGGAGAAGAAGAACAGCAUUGGUAAGGGAAAGUUCAACUUGAAAUACGAAAAACAACAAGGAAAACACCAUAGAGAAGAUAAUUUUUCCAACUGGGAAGAAGAAGAUUGGGGCUCCUGGGAAGAAAAUGAAAAUAAUAAAGAGACUGUAGAAGAAGAAACCUCCAGCACAUCUCCUCCUUUCCACUGGCUGCAAGACUGCGUGCUCUCCCUGUCCCCCACCAAUGAUCUCAUGGUGAUCGCCCACGAGCAGAAAGCAGUAUUUUUAGCACCAAAAUGGAAAGGCAGUGGGAAAGGAAAAGAGGAGAUGCAGUAUGAAGUUGUGUGGAGCGGCUCUCUGACUGUGGAAGAUGGCUUUUUAACCAUAGAAGACAGCGAAUGUAUCAGCAGUGCAUUGUGCAUCCCGUUGGCAAGCCAAAAAAGGAGUUCUACAGGGCGCCCUGACUGGACCUGCAUUGUAUUUGGGUUCACAUCUGGAUAUGUCCGCUUCUACACCGAGAGCGGGGUAUUGCUUCUUUCUCAGCUCUUAAAUCAAGAAGCCGUCCUUCAGCUUAAAUGCAGGACCUAUGAGGUUCCCAGGCAUCCUGGCGUCACAGAACAGCAUGAAGAAAUGAGCUUAUUGUAUCCGUCUGCAGUCGUUACCAUUGAUGGAUUCAGCCUCUUCCAGUCGCUCAGGGCAUGUCGCAAUCAGGUAGCAAGAGCCGCAGCAUCGGGCAGUGAGAAUGUUCAGCCCCCACCGCUGGCCUACAAGAAGUGGGGACUGCAAGAUGUGGACAGAAUUGUUGACCAUGCCAGUGUCGGUGUCAUGGCAUUAUCCCCAUUUGAUCAGAUGAAGACUGCUUCUAUUUUAGGUGGCUUUAAUGCAGCCAUAAAGAGCAGCCCGCCCACCAUGUCUCAGUACAUUACCGUGGGAUCCAAUCCUUUCACUGGGUUCUUUUUUGCUUUGGAGGGAAGUACGCAGCCAUUAUUAUCUCACGUGGCUCUUGCCGUCGCCAGCAAACUCACGUCUGCCCUUUUCAGCGCUGCCAGCGGGUGGCUCGGCUGGAAGAGUAAACAUGAAGAAGAGCCUCAGCAGAAGCAGAAACCCAAAGUAGAACCCGCCAAUCCUCUGGCUGUAAGAUUUGGGCUUCCGGAUUCCCGGCGCCAUGGGGAGAGAGUCAGUCUUUCCCCCUGUAACACGUUGGCUGCUGUAACCGAUGACUUUGGCCGAGUGAUUCUGUUGGAUGUAGGAAGAGGCAUUGCAAUUAGAAUGUGGAAAGGCUACCGUGAUGCCCAGGUGGGAUGGAUGCAGAUUGUGGAGGACCUGCAUGAAAGAGAGUCUGAGAGAGGACAUCACUCUCCAUUUCAGAAUGUAAAAGGACCAAGUCGGGUGGCCCAGUUUCUGGUUAUUUAUGCCCCCAGGAGGGGUAUUCUUGAAGUGUGGAGCACUCAGCAAGGCCCUCGAGUAGGAGCAUUUAACGUGGGAAAACACUGCAGGUUGCUGUAUCCUGGCUAUAAAAUAAUGGGACUGAAUAAUGUGACCAGCCAGGGCUGGCAACCCCAAACCUACCAGAUUUGCCUUAUUGACCCGGUGUCUGGAAACGUAAGGACAGUGAAUAUCCCCUUCCACCUGGCCCUGAGGGAUAAGAAAUGUGAAAGAGCGAAGGAUAUGCACUUAGUUAAAAAACUUUCAAUGCUGCUAAAAGCCAAAGUCCCAGAUCACGAGCGCCUGGAAACCGAAGCAAAAGAAAUUAUUUUAGAUAUUAAAUAUCCAGCGACUAAGAAGCAGGCGUUAGAGCGCAUACUCGCCAGCGACCGCGUGCCCUUCUCCUCGCUCACCAGCAUCACACAGACUCUAAUGGAUUCUCUUAAAAACCAAGAGCUGGAAACCGUUGAUGAGGAUCUGCUGGCUUUCUGCAGAGACAAACUAAAGCUCCUGCAUCUCUAUGAAUCUGUAAAGAGGAUCAGUUCUGUUGCUACUGAGAGCGACCCUUCCCCUUCAGAUAAAGAACUGGCCCAGCUCUUGCGCCUGGAUGAGAAUGAGUUUGCCAGAGUGCAGAGUUUAAUCAGGAACUACAAGCAGGGGAUCCCCAGGGCAGGGGUGCACUUUGCUGAGGAUGAAGGGAGCAUCUUACCUGUAAAGACCUUCUUGGAGUACCUAGAGUGUGACAGGGAUGCAAUAAAUGUGAAGAAGAUAAGUGAAGAGGAGCACAUAGCUUUGGGCAGUUUCUUCUUCUGGAAGUGUCUGCAUGGCGAGUGCUCCGCCCAGGAAAUGUGUCAGACCCUGGAGUCAGCAGGGCUUAACCCACAGCUCUUACUGUCUCUGCUUCUGAAAGUGUGGCUUUCCCGAGAGCGAGAGACGGCAGACAAGAAGCAGUGGUUGCGCUGCCUGCACAGCAUGCUGUCUCUGCUCAGCAACAUGAAAGUGGCCAUUGAUGAAUCCUGGGACCUUCAGUCUGUCUCCCCCUGGUGGCAACAAAUGCGCACAACCUGUGUGCAGUCCUCAAGCAAUGGAGCAGCUUUAUUGUGCGCACACGUUGGCCACUCUGUAGCUGCCAGUAUCACCAAUGCCCUGGCAGAGAGAAAGUUCCCCAGUUCAGGACAAGACGAUGAUGUUGAGUCAAUGACGGACUCCUGGGAAGCCCUCUCUCUGGAUACAGAAUACUGGAAGCUGCUGCUGAAACAGCUAGAGGAUUGCCUGAUUCUGCAGACACUGCUUCACUGUAAAGCAAUCAGGCCCAGUGCCCGGGUAUCUGCUCUGCAGGCUGAGCCACUGCCCAGACUCUCAGUCAAAAACCUCCUGGAGGGAGGGAAAGGGGGUGUCGCUGACACUUUGGCCAAGUGGGUGUUUAAACAAGACAUCAGCCCUGACUUGCUGAGGGAGGCCCAAUCCAAACGAGAGGUGGAACAGGUCCCAAUGGAAACAAACGCCAUUGUUCUACGUACAGAGUCCCAGGCCGAGGUGGCCGCAGAGGAAAUUCAAGCGCUGCUCUAUUUAGCCUAUCAGCAUUUCCCAUCGAGCCUGGAUUUAGACGUGCUGCACGCGCACUGCUGCUGGGAGUACGUGCUACAGUGGAACAAAGACCCAGAGGAAGUGCAGUUCCUUGCUCGCUCUAUCGACCACUUAAAGCGAAUCAGCAAUGCACACGUGCAGUUUGGGCUCUCUCUCAUGAUGUGGAACACGUUCAUCAUAAAGCGAUUUUCUGCCGCUGCGUACCUCAUAGAUAAGGUUGGGAAAGCUCCCAAGGACAGACUGUGCCGAAGGGACGUGGGGAUGAGCGACACGGCAAUGGGCUCUUUCCUGGGGAGCUGCUCCGAUCUCCUGCAGGCAAUGAUGGAGGCUGACGUUAGCAGUGAGGAGAUGCAGGCCCCCCUGCUGGAGCUGGAAGAUUCCUGGGUGAAUAUGGAAGGUCCGAGCUCCAUAGUAGAACUGGCUCUGGAACAGAAGCACAUACACUACCCGCUGGUGGAGCACCAGUUUGUCCUCUCAGCCAUUCUCUACUCAGUCAUGAGGUUUUCCCUCAAAUCCAUCAAGCCUCUUGCGCUGUAUGACAGUAAGGGUAAAAACGCAUUUUUCAAAGAUCUGACCUCCAUUCAGCUGCUGCCGAGCGGGGAUGCGGACCCGAGUUUAGUGAGCCUACGGCAACAGUUUUUGCUAAAGGUGAUCAGUUCAGCCAUCCAGACGCUGGCGGAGACUCAGGAGCCCACCCAGUCAGAGCACUCUGCAGCCGAAAUCCCCGAGAAGUCAGUGGACUGGCCGGAGCUGGCUGUGGGAUUGGCCCGGCACCUACAAGUGAAUGAAGAUACAAUAUGGAGACAUUACGUGUGUGAGCUGUACAGCUACGGCUUCGAUCACUUGGCGGAAGAGGCCAUUCUCCGAGUACUGGACAAGGAGGUGCUGGCGUCUCAGCUACUGGUGCUCACGGGGCAGCGCCUGGCAUACGCUCUGCUACACACACAAACCAAGGAGGGCAUGGAGCUACUGGCAAGGCUUCCUCCCACUCUCUGCACGUGGAUAAAAGCAAUGGACCCCCAGGAGCUGCAGAACACGAAUGUGCCAAUCGACGCUACAGCAAAGCUCGUGGAUAAAGUGGUUGAACUGUUGCCUGAGAACCACGGCCAGUACAGUCUUGCCUUAAACCUGAUAGAGGCUGUGGAAGCCAUGUCUUGAUUGGCCUUAGCGCCAUGACCUGGGGGUGGGGGACGGGGAAAGAGAUUCCUGCAUGUAAGAUAGAGCGGUUGCUUUGGGGUUUCAGGGCUUUUUGUAAGAUAAGUGUCGGCACUAGCACCGCGUUCAUAAUUCCUCAUCGUUCCUUUUAAUCCUCGGCCAAUAAGGUCUCGCCUAUCAUGAAUAUGCAAGUAUAUAUGUUCCGUGUCGCUCUGUCCCACAGAGAUCCUUAUUUAUUGCAAUCUAUGAUUUAUACAUAAAGUUUCAUCGUGAAUCACUACGUGCAAUAGGCCCCUUAGGGCAGCGGCACUCGUGUCUCAUCGCAGCCAUUCCCCAUAAGGAAUAAUCCUGCCCACAAGCAGCCCCCAGAACCCCCCGUAUGUGCCAAAGCCCCUAAUGAGGCCCAACAUCGAUUUGUAAUCAGAUUCUCUCAUUCUGGGAGCAAAGCAAGAAAUCAAAUGACAUAUCCCUUAGUUACAUCACCAAACGCAGGCCAAUCCUAGCAGCCAACUCAGCCAACAGCCGGCCCCUGUGUGUGGGGCAAACAGCCGGCCCCUGUGUGUGGGGCAAACAGCCGGCCCCUGUGUGUGGGGCAAACAGCCGGCCCCUGUGUGUGGGGCAAACAGCCGGCCCCUGUGUGUGGGGCAAACAGCCGGCCCCUGUGUGUGGGGCAAACAGCCGGCCCCUGUGUGUGGGGCAAACAGCCGGCCCCUGUGUGUGGGGCAAACAGCCGGCCCCUGUGUGUGGGGCAAACAGCCGGCCCUGUGUGUGGGGCAAACAGCCGGCCCCUGUGUGUGGGGCAAACAGCCGGCCCCUGUGUGUGGGGCAAACAGCCGGCCCCUGUGUGUGGGGCAAACAGCCGGCCCCUGUGUGUGGGGCAAACAGCCGGCCCCUGUGUGUGGGGCAAACAGCCGGCCCCUAUCUGUGGGGCAGGAUUAAAACCUCCCUUGGAUAAGGGCCACUGAUUUGGCCCAAUGGGUUGCAGAGUCAGGCCAUUAACAGCUGCAGCCUCUGCCCCUCCAGAACCAGGCAGCACCCCCUCAGCCAGCUGUCAGUUAAAUGGACUCCCUAACAACUAAUAUCAGGCCAGGGGUUGGGCAGGAUUAAUAAUCUUAUUGGGAAAGGACUAUAUCAGCCCAUUAAUGUGCUCCUCCCCACUGGCCUGGUCAGACAAGUGCGCUCUUGGGUACUGUAUAACAAUACAGUACCCAAGAGCGCACUUGUCUGUCUGUGUAACUUACCUUGUCAUGCCCAGUCCAUAUACAGAUAAGAAACCUGCGCCAAACUGUCCAGUACAAACGCCAGCAUUCUCCUUUGUCCCACACAGCACUGGACAAUAAGUUGUGUUCAUAAAUAAUGAAUAAUAACCAGAUAAUCCGUUAAGCUCCGCCUCUGAUAUUCUGCCAAUCAUGCUGACAUUGUGAGCCUGCUGUCCUACAGAGGUAAGUGUUCCUAGCGCACUCACCUGUUAGCGACAUUUCCAAUUGCCUUUGCCUGUGUAACUUUCCUAGCUGGUCUUACAGGAAGCUGCUCCUGGCUUCUUAUUGUGAGGCACCUAUGAAACUGCUGGGCAAUAACACGAAACGCUGACUUGUUACAAAAUAGGAGAGCCAUGUACUUUGCCUUUAGUGAUUGCUACAGUAGGCGGCAGCAGCAGGCUCUGGCGCUAUGAUCUUUCCCUUUGUACAUGUAUAUUGUAUAGAUGGCGACCUGUGCCGUAGCGCAGAUUGGGGCUCACAGUGACCCAGAUACUCCUCACUUUGUACCACUGCCUAUACACUCGUCCUGCUGCAAAUACUCCUAUUAAUAAAGUAUUAUGGUAACGCA